AUGGAGGUUUACACCACAUCAUUCACUUAUCCCCGCCGUUCACGACCCGCUCAUUCGCCCACCAAUUCUCUCGACUUCCCCACCGCCAACGAACUCAGGCGCGCCGGCUCGUAUUCGUCCCUCCAACAGUACACCCCCAACCAUAAUUAUCCUGAUGCGCAGGCUGUGUCCUCUCCGGACUAUGAAUCUGUACAAAAGUUAGCCAUGACGGCUAUGGCUCUCCACGGCGUCGGUGUCACUGUCGCUCCCGCAGAUGGCGUGUGGAACUUCCAGAUAUCAGGGGCGUACCAGCAGGUCAUGCAGGCCAGGGGCUACGUUCUCAAGGAGUGUCCCGUCCAAAAUCGCGCCACCAUCAAGGUGACACGCUCAGACAUCCUCGACUUGCCGUCCUCAUCGAAGCCAGCGCUGAAGGCGGAAGUGCGUCGCCGUCUGGACGACAUCGCCACACAGACGGGUGCCCACAUCGCGGUUGUGAACAGUGGUCUCGCGUUGUCCAACCGUGCUCUACCCGACGGAAUCAGCAUCAGCGCCGGGUGGUCCGGCCUAGAGACUGAACGCGCUUGCGAGCUGGUCAUCACAGGCGACGGCGACUCUGCUGAUCUGGCUCGUGUCAGACUGUUGGUCAUGCUGGACGAGUUGAACGGUCUGCACGCUGAAGCCUGCGAGAUUGAUCGCUCGCUGCACGCUCUCAUAGCAGGCAGGAAGCGCUCUAUGCUCCAGUCCAUUCAAGAAGAGACCGCGACCAACAUUUACUUCCCGUCCCCGUUGCAGGGUUUGAUUGGCCCUGACUUCGGGCAACCCCCGGUCAACGGGUCGCCAUCUGCGCAGUUCGCUAAACUCAAUGCUAGCACGAUCUGGAUCACUGGAGAGUUCUUCGGCGUUCAGCGGGCGCGCGACAUGCUCGUACAAGUGGCGAUGAACAAGAGUAAGCAGAUCAUACCGAAGGACACCCCAUUGUUGCCGCGCAAAAUGGACUGGAUGGUCACCGAGCGCGUUGAUGACCUGAAGGCACUAAUACACGACAACGCCACCUACAUUCGGUUCCCAGCGGUCGGUAGCGCCCAGAGUGUCAUGGUUGUGUAUGGCGACCACAGAGUCAAUAUACAGAGGACUAUCCGCGCGGUCAUGCAACUGUCUUGCCAAUUCUAUACGGCGUCUCUGUGGCUACUUCCGACCCAGUUCAACGUCUUGAUGCCGUCUGCGACUUUGAACCCGACCCAGGUUGGUACUAUCCUGAAGCAAGUCUCCUUCGCGUCUGGAGCGGAGCUCGUCUUCAAGGGUAUGUGCUUUGAGAUGCACGGUCUGGAGCAUGAAAUACGGGCUGCGGUGUCUAUGCUCCUCGAUUUCGAAGUUAUCAAGCAAUUCCAUCACGAGAUCCGAUUUCAGGUCGAGUUGGCCAACGAGCAUCGCGAGUUCAUCAGCGGCAAAAAGAAUGGCAAAAUCAACAAGAUUAUGCAGACUACGAACGUGAAGAUCAAGUUCGAGACCCUCAACGAGCACAACUUCCUCAUCGACAUCUCAGGCAACGACAUUUCAGUUCUGCAGGGCUUGACCUUGUUGCAAGAGGAACUGCCGGCUGAGGUCUCCUUCCAUGUCCCGGAGUCGUACCACAAGCGUAUCAUUGGUGUAGGAGGACGCAGCAUACAGCGCAUCAUGAAGAAGUACGGUGUUUACGUGAAGUUCUCGAACGCAGAGGAGUUUGCAGCCACGGGCGGUUACAACGACAACGAAGACAACGUCAUUGCGAGGACCCCCGCCAAGAACGCCAUGAAUCUGGAGAACCUCAAGCAGUCUGUCAUGGAACUCGUCAACCCCAAGGAUAAGGACUACAUCAAUGAGACCGUCUCCAUUCCCCGCAAGUAUCACCGUACUCUGCUUGGGGAGAAGAGCAUCUUCAUCCACGACAUCGAGGCGAAGACUAACUCGCAAAUCCGAUUCCCUGACAAGGAGACUGCCUCUGAUCUUGUUACGAUCUUCGGGCCGGAGUCCCAAGUCCAUAUCGCCGCAACCAUGCUGCUUGACCAUGUACCAUUCGAGGCCGACAUGGCUGUGCCCGCUCAUCCAGAGCUCGCACGCAUUUGCGCGUCCCCCGACUUCGCUACAUUCACCGAUCGGGUCAAGCACGAGUUGCAGGUAGUUAUCUCGCCUAACGUGGGGUCUCCAUCUCCAGGACUAGGGCUAGAUGCGCCGACGGAGUGCUCCUUCAAGUUCAGAUGCCAACGAAGCAACAGCGACUUCCUCGUUACUGCUCGCGAGAUGCUCGAACAAUUCUUGAUUAACCACAACGCGCAUGUCUACCCGUCUGCGACGUCGCGCACGCACCAGCGCACCGACUCGUUCACCGACGCGUUCCCGCACUUCGACAGCAAGGUUUUGUCGACGGCGAGGACUCGCCACCAAAACUCGGCCGACCUUGGACGUCCCUCCGAAGCUAUGAUUGACAGGCGCCUUCGUCUCGCGAGCUCGUCGCCAGAUGUCAAAGCCCUUUUCCACAACAAUCCUCAUCACUCACCGGCGCCUUCAUACAUCUACCAUCUCGAGGAAGAGGAGGACUUCGACACGCAGACGAACUAUGUACCUGCUCACACCACUGACUACUGGACCCCUCUACCUCCAAUCGGCUCCGGUGUGCCUUCUCGCGCUCGCGGAGACGACUCCCUCAAGCGCGGCUCUGAUUCGCUGCUAGAGGCGAAGUUGAAGGAUCAGCUCACGAAGCCGAGAUCUCUCACGAACCGCGCCCAGUCGCUGGACCUCACCUACUCAUUGAAUCGCAUCAACGAGAUGCCCCGCUCCUCGGGCUUGUCUCGUCCCGACUCGCCGGAGACGGCGACGGGCACUGGCACCGGCACUGGUGGAAGCUCCAGCCCCAUCUCCGCGACUAGUCCAUUGUUCCCGAGCUUGUAUGGCCCUUCCGGCUCGCGCGGAGCUGUGGUGGGCAACAGCGAGCACUCCCUGAACCGCGGUGCGCUCGGUAUGGACCAGGAAGGCAUGGAUGAGGUGACGAGGGUCAUCUCGAACCUUGGUCUCUAA